AUGGCGGAACUUCAGGAGAAGCCUUCGCGCAUCGACACGAACGACAAGAAGGACAAGAGCAACCCCGAUGCUCUCAACGAAGACGACGCCCAGACCAACGUUUCCAGCCCAGAGGACGACUUGGUCCUCGAUGGUGUGGAGCCCGUCUAUGCUGCCAAGGCUGGUGUGCUGAACCAAGCAAUCAAUGACAUUGGCAUGGGUCGAUACCAAUGGCAACUCUUCUGUGUGGCUGGAUUCGGCUGGGCUCAAGACAAUCUUUGGCUCAUCCUUACCUCACUCAUUCUCUCCCCCGUCGCCAACGAGUUUAAUGUCGGGCAGCCGGCUCUCUUGACGCUCUCUCAAAAUGUUGGCUUGUGUGCUGGCGCUGCCUUCUGGGGCUUGGGAGCCGACAUUUUUGGCCGAAAGUGGGCCUUCAACCUUACUUUGGGUGUCACCACCGUCUUUGCGCUCGCCGCCGCCGGUUCUCCCAACUUUGCCAUGAUUGCCGUCUUUGACGCCUUCUGGUCUUUCGGUGUCGGGGGUAACAUGCCUGUUGACAGCGCCUUAUUCUUGGAGUUUGGUAACCACCAAUACCUCCUCACCGUCCUUGCCAGUUUCUGGGCCAUCAGCCAAUUGAUCGUCACCGGUGUUGCUUGGGGUCUGCUCGGCGAAUUCACAUGCGAGGAAGACGCCGUCACCUGUCUCAAAGGCGACAACAUGGGCUGGCGAUGGCUUCUUCUCUCGAUGGGCGGCUUGUGUGGUCUCAUGUGGUUCCUCCGAUUCGGCUGUUUCCAAAUGUACGAAAGCCCCAAGUACUUUAUGGGCAAGGGCAAGGACGAAGAAGCUGUCAGAAUCGUGCACGAAAUCGCUAGGAGGAACGGCAAAGAGUCGACGUUGACGGUCGAGGACCUCAAAGCGUGCGAGAUCUAUGGUAGCGAGGAUCAGCAAGUGGAGACAAACACAAAGGCUGCGUUCAAGAGAAAGGUCAGGAGCCUGGGUGGCGAUCACGUCAGCAGGCUGUUUGCUUCCAAGAAGCUCGCUUUCAGCUCCGGUAUGAUCAUUCUCAUCUGGGCCUUCAUCGGUCUUGCCUUCCCUCUUUACAACAAUUUUAUCCCCUAUACGUUGGCCAGGAAGGGUGCUGCCUACGGUGAUGGUUCGACAUACAUCACCUAUCGAAAUUCCUGUAUCAUCGCCGUCCUCGGUGUCCCCGGUGCCAUCCUCGGUGGUUACCUCGUCGAAAUCAACCGACUUGGGCGAAAGGGUACUCUCUCUGUCUCCGCCAUCCUCACAGGAGUCUUCAUUUUUGGGAGCAGCACCGCCCUCACUUCCAACUCGUUGUUGGCAUGGAACUGCGUCUACUCGUUCUUUUCCAACAUCAUGUACGCCGUGCUUUGCGCCUAUACUCCCGAAAUCUUCCCCACCAGGGACAGGGGUACGGGUAAUGCGCUCGCGGCUAUCACGAACCGUUUCAUGGGUGUCAUGGCCCCCAUCAUUGCUAUGUUUGCCGACUUGGAGAGUUCCGCGCCCGUGUAUACCAGUGGAGCUUUAUUCAUAGCCGCUGGUCUCUUCACCCUAAUCUUGCCUUACGAGUCUCGGGGCAAGGCGUCUUUGUAA